CUUUCGCCAAAAAAAUAAAAUGAACGUGAAAUGAGAAAAGGAAAAUUUAAUCCAAUGGAGGGAAGAUCGGGCUCAUCUGACCUGCUCUCCCCCCUUGGAGCGAAUCCUUCCAGCAAAUUUCAGCUGCAUAAUUAAAUAUCUAACUGAAAGAAGGAGGCUCCUUUCCUCAGGAACGGAAGGUGAUAGGGGAGAGUGUGUUGGAAAUUAAUUUUAGGGGAAAUUAUUUGUGUUUCUGCUUCCUCUUCUGUCCCCCUUCCAGCAUUUCUGUCUUUUUCCCCCAGCAGCUGGUUUCUGUUCAUUAUAAAUCGGCGAGACCUUUCAGUCUCUGCCCUCUGUUUAGGGACGUAAUAAAACACUUAACUUUCCGGGGCUGAGACUUACAUUCUACUCCUCAAGACGCCCACCCCCAGCGCCCACUGCCUUUAGGCACCAAAGGAGACUCUUCCCCAACUUUGGGGCCUCUUUCCCCUGCAGACUUGGUUUAGGAGGGGCUCAAGGAAACCCAGGCAUCCUUGCUGGGGAGCUGCAGCACAUGCUGCCCCAGAAACCCCUUCUUUCUUCCAAGGUCCUUCCUUCCCCCACCCACCCAUAAAAGAGAUUUAAAAAUACAUAGAAAAUCAACACUCAUUGAAAGCGAAACCUCAUUAAGAUAUCCUAUCUUCCAUCAUUCAAUUUGUUGUACAUUGCAACAAUUUAAUAUCUUGAAGGAAAUAUCACUGACAUGAUUUAUCCCUCUAGCAAUCUCUCUCUGAAAUUGGGGGGGGGGAAUUUACUCUUUCUUUGGCCUAUUCUACGUGUUACACUACUACCCUUAGGGCAGAAAUGAGGCUAGGAACUCUGAGAGCGGCUAUUUGUGUCCAGGGGUGCACUGACUUGUUCCUUAGCUCAGCCCCCUGGGUCUCCCCGCCCCUAGUUCUUUCUCUCUCUCUCUCCCUCUUGCCCUCCAGGGGGCCUGGAGCCCCAGCCAGCUGUUGGAAACCUCUGUCCAGGCAUGCCAUGAAUUUGAGGACAGCUGGAUUCUAGAGCAGGAAGCAAUUCACGCUGGUGUCUGCAUUUGUGUACCUGCCAUGUCACCCCAAAAUGAGACAACUCAUCUCAAAAUUUCUUUCUUAAUUUAAGAACCUUCCUCUGCCCUUUCACCUUCAUUUCCUUGGGGAGAAGAAAGUAUGGUACAACAGAGGAGACCUUUGUAAUUAUAGGGGUCUUUCCCCUACACUUCUAAAUACCAACAAAUUGCCUUCCUUUCUAAAGGAUUGGGACUGUAUUUUUAAAAGCCAACACAAAUUGUCUGGCAGGAAGACUCUUCAAUCCCUAACGAGGUUCAUGUAUUAACUAACAUGUUGUCUCCACCAGCUCGUACACACUGUCUGCUUUUGGGUUCGAAACUUUAUUUUUCCCCCCUAGCGACACUCCAGGGAAACCUUAACGUUACAGAAGAUGAAUAAACGAGUUUUUUUUCCCAGCGUAGUCCCGUUUAUGGCUUUAUUGCUACCCAUUGAUUACUCCGCUUUGUUACACAGAAGGAAAAGAUCAUAAAAUCCAGCGACAUCCGGGUCCUUGUUAUAGCCACCCCCCCAAAAAAAAUGAUGAAGGGAAAAUAUGAGCUUCCACUGCUCCCUUCGCUUGCCCCACUGCCCCUUCUUUGUCAACUCAAAGCAUUUUCAGCCUAUGUCACUAUAUCAAAUUAAGUUUGGAUUAAUCAGGAGAAAAACCCCAUCUGCACACCUUCCGCUGCUUCAGUUCGCCCACUGCCGGCUUCCUCAGAAGCCUCGAACUAAGCUGCCUUUUCCUAACCUUCUCUUCCUUUUUCUCGGCCCCAAAGUGGGAGGAAAUGGGGGUAGGGGCUACUGAGAGGCUGGGCCCCACCAGGUGUGCGUGGCCCUUGGGUGAGAGCUCCCUAGGAGCCCUUUGCUGGAAUCUCCAAGCUGGAAUCUCCAAGAGCUCGGGUCCAGGGCACCUCCCUUGGCAGGGCAGAGAGUCCGGAGGGGGCAGGGGGCUUCUGACUUGUGCAUGGGCUUGAGCCUACAAGAUGCUAACUGUCUAUCAGAGCCCCACCAGCCUUCUCUUUCUGGCUGGAUCUUAUGUGAAUUAUCCCACCGGCUCUUGCUGGCUCCAAAUCAUAAAUUCUCACCAACAUAAACAGGAGUUGAUGUGUCUAGAAAGACCCCGAAUUCUUUCUUCUUCCUUUCGUCCUUCCUUUUCCUCUCUCCCACCUUUUACUUCUUUCUUUCCCUAUUCUAUUGUAUUUUUAUAUAUUCUCCCUUUUAGGGAAAAAUGCUGCAAGAGUUUCCCCCAAAAGGGGGUCCUGGGAAGGAGGCAGAGGGGGGCUAGGAGGAAGAGCAAAGCAGAUAUCUGGCCCCUUUGCCCACCUCAGCUCUGCCACUCUACCUUGAAGUCUCACCCUUACCCCUUGAGAACUACUUGCUCCCCACAUUCCCCCUACAUUCAAGACUCUCAGCCACACUCUUCUUCCUCUGAGCACCAUGUUUUAUGCAAUUUCUUCCUACUUUUGAUUUUUUUAAAAAAUAUUGGGGAAAAAAUAUACUGGUUUGGUGAGGAGGACUCACUUCAUGGAGUGUCAAACCAGGAUUUCCUGUAGAAUUUCUGGGGAACCCCCCUGAGUUGGGAGGGAGCUCCUCCCAUUGAGAAAUUAGGAUGUAAUUUUAGAAGGGGGCAGAUAUAAAAGAUGAAAUCAGAUUGAAAAUACAGAGAUUUCUCCAGCCCUGGCUCUGGCCACUGAACAGCAAACUUAGCUGGGGCUGAGAGAUUUCCUUGGAGUGCAGCUCUCCUUCCCUGGGCCCCAAGGCCCUGCUCGCGGACAUUCACCCUUCCUUCACCUCCAAAUCAGCUCCCUUACGUAUAUAUAUUUUAAAGAAAUCCAAGUCUUACUUUCAAAGCACACACUUAGUCUCAACUAGGGAAUCAACAGAAGCAGAAGCGAUUUUUUUCCCCCUUCUUGACAUCUGGCUUGCGAUUGGCUGGAAGGGGGUCAGCUGACUUUGUCAUUUUGUCUGUCCUGGAUUGGAGCCGUCCCUAUAACCAUCUAGUUCCGAGUACAAACUGGAGACAGAAAUAAAUAUUAAAGAAAUCAUAGCCCGACCAGGUAAAGGCAAAGGGAUGAAUUCCUACUUCACUAACCCUUCCUUAUCCUGCCACCUCGCCGGGGGCCAGGACGUCCUCCCCAACGUCGCCCUCAAUUCCACCGCCUAUGAUCCAGUGAGGCAUUUCUCGACCUAUGGAGCGGCUGUUGCCCAGAACCGGAUCUACUCGACUCCCUUUUAUUCGCCACAGGAGAAUGUCGUGUUCAGUUCCAGCCGGGGGCCGUAUGACUAUGGAUCUAAUUCCUUUUACCAGGAGAAAGACAUGCUCUCAAACUGCAGACAAAACACCUUAGGACAUAACACACAGACCUCAAUCGCUCAGGAUUUUAGUUCUGAGCAGGGCAGGACUGCGCCCCAGGACCAGAAAGCCAGUAUCCAGAUUUACCCCUGGAUGCAGCGAAUGAAUUCGCACAGUGGGGUCGGCUACGGAGCGGACCGGAGGCGCGGUCGCCAGAUCUACUCGCGGUACCAGACCCUGGAACUGGAGAAGGAAUUUCACUUCAACCGCUACCUAACGCGGCGCCGGCGUAUCGAGAUCGCCAACGCGCUCUGCCUGACCGAGCGACAGAUCAAAAUCUGGUUCCAGAACCGCCGGAUGAAGUGGAAAAAGGAAUCUAAUCUAACAUCUACGCUCUCAGGGGGCGGCGGAGGGGCAGCGGCCGACAGCCUGGGCGGAAAAGAGGAAAAGCGGGAAGAGACAGAAGAGGAGAAGCAGAAAGAGUGACCAGGACUGUCCCUGCCACCCCUCUCUCUCCUUCUCCCUCGCUCCCCCAACUCCCUCCUAAUCACACACUCUGUAUUUAUCACUGGCACAAUUGGUGUGUUUUGACUCCCUAAGACAAAAUUAGGGAGUCAGAUAUGGACCUGAAAGUCAACUCUGGACCCCCCACCCCUCACCGCACAAACUCUCUCACCACGCGCCUCCUCCUCCUUGCUCCCUCGCUAGCUUGUUCUCGGCUUAUCUGCAGGCCCUUUCCCCCGCCCAGGCCUUGGGGGCUCCGUCCCUGAACCUCGCUUCAGACUUCACAGAUCUUCCUGCAAAAGAGGACUUGGCCUCCCACCCCCUCUGUGCCCCCUACCCCCGCCCCCGCGCAGAGAGCCGGCUCCCGGGCCCGGGGCCUCUGCUCCGGGGCCUCAGGGCCCGGCCUGGCUGCCGGGGAGGGUGGGAGGUCCAAGGAGGGCGCGUCGUGGCCCCACAGCAACCCCCAGGGCCUCCCCGCAGCCCCUGUCCGGCCCCUCUGCCCCAGCAAAUGCCCAGCCCAGGCGAAUUGUAUUUAAAGAAUCCUGGGGGUCAUUAUGGCAUAUUACAAACUGUGACCGUUUCUGUGUGAAUAUUUUUAGCUGUAUUUGUGGUCUCUGUAUUUAUAUUUAUGUUUAGCACCGUCCGUGUUCCAAUCCCAUCUUAAAAAAGGAAAAAAAGAGGGAAAAUUACAAAAAGAGAAAAAAAGUGAAUGACGUUUGUUUAGCCAGUAGGAGAAAAAAAAAUAAAUUAAAAAAAAUCCCCUCGUGUUACCCUCCUGUAUAAAUCCGACCUCUGGAUCCGUUCUCGCAUAUUUAAUAAAACUGAUAUUAUUUUUAAAAGUUUA